AUGCAGUGCGGCUGGUCUGGUGCCCGCGUCUCAAGCCAGCUCGUGCCCUUCACUCACUCCAGCCUUGAUGCACUGCCGCCAGAGUUUCGACGCAUUCCUCCCUAUUUCUACACGUUCAAUUGCUAUGCCAAAGGCCGUUGGCACGGCCGGACCAUCCUCGAUGUCUUUACCAACGAGUUUCAAGCUGAAACUCCAGAGUAUUACAGACAUGCCAUUACCGAGGGCCUCAUCACUGUCAACUCUGAGCGCGUGCCCCUGGAUUUCAUCAUUGACAAUAACCACAUCAUUCUGAACAAAGUACAUCGCCAUGAACCGCCCGUCACGAACGAUCCCUUGUCAAUUGUGGGCGAAACUCCAGACCUGCUCGCCAUUGACAAGCCAGCUUCCAUUCCCGUGCACCCCUGCGGUCGCUAUCGCCACAACACCGUACAAGCCAUCCUCGGCCAUGAGCAUGACCGCUGGCGUGUCUACCCCUGUCAUCGCUUGGAUCGCCUCACCUCGGGCCUCCUUAUCUUUUGCAAGAAUCCAGCCAUGGCCAAGCAAUUUGAGCAGUGGAUCACCCAGCAUCAGGUUGAGAAGCAGUACAUCUGCCGUGUUCAAGGCCGUGUCGAGCAGUCAGUUUUAUUCUGCGACGCUCCGUUGAAGAUUUGUGAUCAACGGCUUGGCCUGUGCUGUGUCCACCCAGAAGGCAAGGCCAGCCUGACUCGGUUCCGGGUCAUUCGACGCGACAAGGACACGACGGUUCUGCACUGUUUUCCUAAAACGGGGCGCAUGCAUCAGAUUCGCGUGCACGUACAGUAUUUAGGCCAUCCCAUUGUCAAUGAUCCCGUCUACAAUUCAGAGCUUUGGGGUCCAGAACGUGGUCGCGGCGGAGCACUUACCAGAAGCAGCAAAAUACGAAUUUUGGCCCGGGUGUACCGAGUGUCAGGUACAAGCGUCAUGUCACUGGUCGCUGGGUCAAUCCACCCCAUUUCACCGAGGCUGCGCAUGCGUAUGCUCUCGGAGCUCGUACCGGCUCACGCCGGCCUCACGCCGUGCGAACGUUCUUGGCAGAUUGACCGUCAAGACCCGGCACCCGAGGCCAUGCGCAUUUACCUGCAUGCGUUCCGCUACCGCGGGCCAACCUUUGAUUUUCAGACUGCCAUGCCGUGGUGGAGUGGCGAAGACUGGCCCCAGCAGCUGGCCAAACGGCAGGAGACCUACUAA